AUGAAUUGCACCACUAAGAAGUCACCUCUUCAGGUGGCUAUGGUUGGCAUUGGCCAUCGAGGAUACAAGACGCAUUUCCGCAUUAUGCUUGAGAACCCAAGGGCAUGGACUGUGGUGGCCUGCUGCGAUACCAACGAGAAGACCCGAGAAGCAUUCUCUCAGAAACAUCCCAACAUCAAUGUGUACAAGGACCUUGGCGACUUGUUGAAGAAUAACCGGCAGAGAUUGGAUUUUGCAGUUGUCUGCGUCCCACACCAAUACCAUUUAGAAUGCUGUCAGGCUCUUGCUCGGAGAGGGGUGCCUAUUUUGAAAGAGAAACCUGUCGCUGAGUCACUGGAGGAGUACCAGCAACUUCUACAACUGCCUGUCAAAAUUGGUAUCACCUUUCAGAAGCGGUUCGAGCCACGUUAUCUCGCGAUCAGGGACCUCAUCUCACAGGUCGGACAGGUUGCAUCAUUCACAGCGACUCUGACUGCGAAUAUUACCGAGUUGGACGCUACAUGGAGGGCAACUAGUGAUGUCGGUGUUACAGAAGAUUUAGGCUGCCAUAUGCUGGAUAUGAUCGUGUCUCUCUUUGGUAGACCAACUUCAAUCACCGCGCAAUAUACCAAGGGCAUUCGAAUUGAACAGGAUUACGGUGGCGAUGAUGUUUCGAACAUCGUUAUGAAUUUUGGGGAGGCCGCAAAGCGCAACAUAGGCCAGGUUCACCUCUCACGAGUGGCCCACAUGAAUGAAGAGCGUCUCAUAAUCACUGGUACUAACGGCACCUUUAUCUUGGAGGGCAAAGAUGUGAGGCUGCGGGAUAGUAGCGGUAAUGAAACGUUUCAUUUCCAUGACGCUUCAGAGAAGAAGUAUAUCAUCAACUCAAUGUUGCAAAAGUUCUCUGCUUGGGUCACCGGCGCAACAUCCGACUUCCCCGCCUCGCUCGCCAAUCUCAAAGAUACUGUUUUGGUCAUGGAAGCUACACGUCGUGCAUACAACAACCCCAACGCCACCGAGACGGUAACUGCGAAUGGGAAGCCAGCCAAAUCUCAUGCGCAGGCCUCUCUGCGAGAUACACAUCAUGUAUGGCCGCUCCUUUCAUCGGAGUCUGAGGACGCCGUCGUGCGUCAGAUGCAUUCCUCACUCUCCAUCUACAACCGAUCCGACAUCUAUGAAAUCUUUGAAGACAGAUGGCUUAAGAUGCACGGCCUGAAGCAUGCUUUGGCACUGGAUUUGCGACCUGGCGACGAGGUUCUUUGCCCCGUGUACACUUUCUUUGCGACAGCCUCGCCGUUGAUGCAGUAUGGUGCAAUUCCCAUCUUCUGUGACAGUCUAGAGGACGGCAACAUUAAUCCUGACGAAAUUCUCAAAAGAACCACCUCUAAGACAAAGGCAGUUAUCGUCACACACAUGUGGGGGCUGCCAUGUCGUAUGAGACAGGUUGUCGAGAACGCUCGAAAAGUAAAUAUCAAGGUCUUAGAGGACUGCUCGCACGCCCAUGGUGCUAUUGUUGACGGCAGGAUUGUUGGGUCAUGGGGCGAUAUGGCUGCAUGGUCGUUACAAGCCAAGAAGAAUGUCAUGGGUGGACAGGCGGGCAUCAUGGCCACCAACUCAACGGAUUACUACUCGCGAGCAAUUCUUCAUGGACACUUCAACAAGCGUGCAAAACAGGAGGUUCCACAGGACCAUCCAUUACGGAAGUUCUGGCUGACGGGGCUAGGCCUCAACAUGCGUGCCCACCCCCUGGCUAUAGCUUUGGCGAAUCAACAACUCUCCCUUCUUCCAAGCCAGGAUCAAUACAGACAGCAAUAUGCUUCGUACAUUGCCAAAGGUCUCAGCUCUAUCCCCUUUUUAAAAAUGCCUGUUGUGCAUGAUAGCCACCAUGACAAGCACGCGUGGUACGCCUUCGUAAUGCAGUUUGACUCUUCCAAGGCACCGGAUGGCCUCACUCGGGACAAGUUUGUUCGAGAACUAGUUGACAUCCAUGGACUCAAAGAAGUGGAUAUCCCGCGUUCGACAGGCUUGCUGAAUGAGCUACCACUCUUUACUCAUUCCCACGAGGCAGUUCCAAGGUUCGGUGACAAACGCUGGUGCAAGAUGCAGCCAACGACAGAAUUCCCAAAGGCGCAGCAAUUUUACCAGUGUGCCAUCAAGCUGCCUAUGUGGGCUACUGAGAAUGACAAGCCCAUCGUGGAACACUAUGUCAAGACAUUCCUGGCCGUUGCUCAUGAUAUAUCGCAGCGGACAUCGAAAGGAAAGAACUCCGGUCAUGAUUAUGUGGAUGAACCGAUCCAUGCAAGGCUGUAG